GGGUGCAUAGCAAGUGUCAACAACAUGCCGGAGUCUUCCGGAGAAACAGAAACUGACAAAACGCUGACAGGCAGACAACAAAGAGAUCAAGGACAUCCUUCGUCUCAUGAAAUCGUGUCUUUGAUAUCUCAGUUUGCAGAUGAUCACUUAGCACUUGUGCGGAACAUCAGCACAGGAUUGGCGGUUGCUGGUGUCAUUGUAAUUGCAAGGAGUAUUAAACUGGUCACUAAAUUCCGAGCUGUGUCUGAGAUUCCUGCUCGUUUCAUUGAGAGGAAUAUCAGCCUUCGUGGGAGAGUUCAUUCAAUCACAGAGAGAGGACUUGAGGUGGAACAUGUCCCAAUUUAUCUGCCAAUCGUCUCUUCGUUACUUUCAAAAGACAAAGGCGGGGGCACGUCCCCGAUGCUGGUGCAUCUUGCAGGCGUGGAGUUGACUCCGGAGGGCAAAGUGUGGCUGCACAAGAACUUGGCUCCUGCCCAAACAGUCUGGCUAAAACUUAUCAGCCGGGAAGACGACAUGCUGCACUGUUUGGUGUCUCAAAGCGGGCCGGGGUCGAUGUGGAGCCACUGUAUGAACGAGGAGGUCCUGCGGCUCGGUCUGGCCCGCACUGCUCCCCUGGUCGGGGUCCUGCCGGACUCUCGCCUCUACUGGCGUCUCCUCAAACGGCUGCACAAGGCAGAGGUCAAAGCUGAGAAGAAGGGGCGGGGACUGUGGGAGCAGGACAGCCUGUGGGAGAGAGCCUCCAAGGCUGUCAGGGCCAAUGCUUUAUUCAGACUGAUGACGAGGAUGUUUGGGAAGAACAGUGAAUGAUGGUUCCAAGAGAGCUGUUUAAUUAAAAUGUGACGAGACAUAAUCUGUCUCAUUUAUUCUGUUUACCUGUUACAUAUUGACACAAAGCAAUCUUACCACAGGCUUUAAAAUGUUCCAUCCAUCACUAAUAUGUAAUGUGUGAUACAUACGCUUAUUAACGCUAUGAAAACAACCUGAUCUUACUGAGUUUACAUUACUAAUUACACCUGUUGCAAUGGUUUGUGUUUUAGUUUUACUAGAAGUUUGAAAUUAUUAAAAUGUAUUGCAAACCCUG